AAAAUGUAAAAAUUGAUCAACAACAAGAAGCAGAACAGAUUACGCUAAAAAAGAGAAAGUAAAGAGAAGAUCUCUAUUUUUUCUCAAAAGAAUUUUGAUUCACUGUUUUGGGGAAAAAAAACUUGAAUCGUUGCAUUAGAAUCAUGGUAAAGCUAGCCUCAGCAAGAGAGUGUCGAACGUAUGGGCCACGGCUGGCUCGAAGCAGGGCCGAGUACAUAAAUGCAGGGCUACAUUUGUUUGCUACAGUUGUGUUAGUUUGUGGUUUUACAGCACAGUUCUCAUGGGAACCCAGAUCGGGUCUUUUUGUAAUUCUUAUAGCACUAGCUCUUAUAAUUUUGGUUAACGCCCAUGAUCUUUUGGCACAUCUUGCGGGCAUUGAUUAUCGGUUUUCUUUGAUGGGAUUCGAUACACAGCUUGCCCUUGUGGAGUUCUCUGUUCCAGUGGUUCAGGUCUUAGGUUCACAGCUUUUCUUUCUAGGAAUUCUCUUCCUCUUAAUUCAGGCAGAGAAAGGGUAUGGCUUUUUAAAAUUGGAGAAGCAUGCAUUGCGGAUGCUUAUUGCUGGCCCUGUUUUAUGGGUUCUUGGCUCCAUCCAUAACUCGUGUCAAAUCUAUGAGCGAGCCGACGGACAUGUCCAAAUCUUGCAACAGAGUGUCCACAUCCCGUUUUUGAUCGGUAGUUUGUUGUUCUUGGUGGGAGCUAUUCUCAACAGCCACGAGCAAGCUGGAAUUAUUCAUCAUGGGUUACAGUUACUGGGUAAAACUUGGGUGUGCUUAGGCAUUUGUGGCAGCCUAAUGUUUUUCAUUGGGGGAUUGACGAAUGUGGUAAAGGUGUUCAAGAUGCAGCAGAUCAACGGGCUAAGGCUUGAGAAAUUGCGUGGAGGAGCACAAGAUAGACUGAUUCAAGGGUGGGAAGGUCAGGUCCCUCUUAUCAUAGAGGAACGGUGGAGAAAAAUGGAAGUUGAAGAGAUAAAGGCGGCUGCUGCUUCCCCCGCCUCCACUCCUUACAAGGAUGUGCUUCUUGGUGGAACUUGACUACUAUUAUUAUUAUUAUUAUUAUUAUUAAUGGAGAGAUAAUCAGUGAUCAGUUUCUUAUUUCUGGUUUAGUUAUUCCAUCAUUUGCUAAAUAUAUUCAUUCUUCAUUUGCUUUUACUGCUUAUAGAUAUAAUAAUAGUUGAUUUAAUUUAUCUAUUUUCAUGCUUUUUGUUUCCUCUAUUUUUCAUUGAUGGACCAAUGAA